ACAUCGAUCGUCGGAUCUUUCGAAUCUCAACAUUCAAAGAUACAAAUUCUACGCUACCACCUGUCUUUUCAUCUGCAGACACAACACAGUAGGUAAUAAUUAUUAUAUCUACGAUUACCCAACGAUGGAAUCUCCGAUGAGACAAUCAUUAUUCAUAAGUAUAGUUUGGCCCAAGAAUUCUCUCUCAACAUAUUGGCAUCUAAAUGGUUGAAGAUACGGAGGUACAUUCGCAGUUAAUUUUCCAAAGAUUCUUUCGCUCAUCUCGCGCCCGUGUCGUCGUCGUUUGUAGUGUUAAGAUGCUUCGAUGACAAUAAAACUUAACACAAAAUCCGCGAAUCACUUCAGUCGCAGUGAAUUAUCGUUGAAUGUAAGCCGAUCUUGGUAAAGAACUUAUAGAAUCUUUAAGUUUAAAGAAACAAACGUUUUUGUAGUUGAAAUAUCAAAAUGGAAGAGUGUAGAACGGUCGCAAAGUAUAUUUUAUUGAGUUCGAUGAUUGCACUUGUGCACUGUGCCACAGAAACCACCUCAACGCCUCCACCAAAUUUAUUGAACAUUGUCGACGAUAUCAUUCCAGAUGUGGAGAAUUCUACACAAAAAGUGAUUAGAGUUAAUACUGUCGAUUUGCCAGCAAUUAUUGAAGACGAUAAAAACAGCACUGAUUCGUCCUUGUACAACAUUCAGUCACUACUUCCACCACCAGUUUAUUUGUCAUCAAAGAAAUUCCGCAAGCCACAAGUCACUCAAACUGUUGGUGAUUCUCCAAUUAUACGAUCACUUCCGGAAUUGAAACUGUCAAAGACGAAGAAACCUAAACAAAAACAUUUACAUUUGCUGUACAAUCAACAAGACUACGAUGGCAAGCAAAUUGGAAAAAGGAUGAAAGUGCGAGUGGCGCCCGGGGCAUACCCAAUUUACUAUAUUCUGGCUAAAACAAAUGGUCAGUUUCGAAAGCAACCUAUUAAAGGUUUUCGAAAUGAACAGGAACUGGAGAAGUAUUUCGAGAAGGUGAAAAAAGUUGAUAAGUUUAACACGAUUAGCAGAUGAGUUGAUGUAACCACCCCGAGGGCUAAUCUAUGGGGGGGGGGGGGGGGUCAAACAAAAGGCCAAAAUAAGAUUCUAGUGUAAUUAAAAUAUUUAAUUUUUUUUUAUAAAAAUUUUAUUUCGGCACGAUUUACUGUCGUGCUUUAAAAUUUUCAAUAUGAUAUAAGUGAUGAUGUGCUUGAAAUUCAAGGAAAUGUAAAGAAGAGUUUAUAACAAUUAAUUUAUUUUUAUUUUUUUUUACAUAAUAAUAGAUUCUUAGAUAUUAUUCUUAUUAUGUGAUCAAUACCUAUGAUGGGCGCAAUAUAAGCUAUUGUGUGCUUGUUGAUAGUGGCUUGAAGCUAUUGAUGAUGCGCAAUUAAACUAAUUUAAAUAAUAAA